AUGCUCUCAACAGCGAACGACGAUUUAGCGACCCCGGCGCCGGGCCUCCUCCCGUCUGACCGGCCGCCGGAUACAAUGGAUCCCUCUGUUUUUGUCAAUGUCCCCGGGGCCAUGGGUAACACGGCUCCGCCCGUCGCUGUGUCAGAUAUGGCUAUUGAUUUUGCUACUUUGCCUGUGCAGGUGUCUCCGGCGGAGGCAACGCCAGAGCAGGGAUCCCAACUCACGCCAAUGGAGGCCGCGGAAAAUCAGGCAAACGCGAAGAAACCAGUACAGGCGUUCACCUAUGCUAAGGCGGUAGCGGGCUUACCGACACCAUUGACACCUCCUAAUCAGCUGGCGCUGUGGACACCAGUGGGGGAACACGAUCUAAUAACAGGGAGCCGGAAUGGGGAGCCGGCGUUGACAAUUUCGACGGAAUUCAAGACGAAGAUUUGUGCACCAUGGCAGCGCUCUUUGGUUAUUAGACUGCUUGGUCUGAGAAUUGGCUUCAUCGCUCUCUGUAACCGUCUGAAAAGCCUCUGGAGACCGACCGGAAAUAUGGAAAUCAAAGACCUGGACCAUGACUGCUUUCUGGUCAAGCUCGACAAUGAGCAAGACUACUUCCGGGCUCUGACCGACGGGCCAUGGGUGAUCUUUGAUCACUAUUUGGUUGUUCAACAGUGGACUCCAAGUUUCGAGGCCUCUGAUCCUCUUCCGAAAACCAUGAUCGUCUGGGUUCAACUUCCGGCCUUGAAGAUUCACUUCUACCACAAAGAGGUUGUGACUACUCUUGGAAACCUAAUUGGGAGAACGAUCAAGCUUGACUACCAUACCCUUACACAGCAACGGGCAAAAUUUGCCAGGCUAGCGGUGGAGGUUGACUUAUCGAAGCAAUUGGUUCCACGAAUAUGGCUUGACGAUGCCUGGCAAAAAGUUGAAUACGAAAACCUCCCUGAGGUUUGUUUUGAAUGCGGAAGGAUUGGGCAUUGCUCUGCCAUGUGUCCGCUCCUCAGACCCGCCGCUUCGCAGAAUACUGUGGUGGUCGCCGGAGGGGAUUCGCUGUCUGGUUCGCCGGCCGUCGAGGAAGACACCAGUCGGGGCUUCGGGCCGUGGAUGCUGGUUUCCAGGAAGUCGCGGCGGAAUUCACGGGACUUUCAGCAGAAAGGGAAAGUCGAGAAAGAUGCGGAAGUGCAAAAUCUGGGGCAAAGACACAAACAAGGUAAGCGGAAGUCAGGAGGGAAAGAAGGAAAUCAAAACUUACCUAGUCAAGCCAUCUCCAACGGCCCCCUGCCUCAGAAGAACCAAACACAGGAAAGGAAAGUCGUCAACGGUCAGAUGAACAUCUCCGAGACAAAGAAGGGAGUUGUCUCGGGUGGGGGUAGUUCGGGUGGAAAAGGGAAGGGGCUUUUGGGCCCAAAGCCGGAUGUUCCAGAGCCCAACCCUAGCAGAUUGAAGCCCAAAGCUUGGGCGGAUGAGGCCUCAACUUCGGAUCAUCGAGAAUCCCAAAUUGGCGAAGGAAAAUGUUGA